UCAACAAAAGCCAGCGACGGUUCUUCUGUCGUACACCGCAAGAUUGAUUUUUACUUCAAUAUUAUUAAAAAUGUGUAUACAAAAGUAAUAUUUCUACAUUUUUUAAGCAAAAGAAAAGUAUCAGCCGUUUAUUAGGGUAUUUAUAUUGAUAGUGCGUUGAAGGAAUUGUUCAAUAUGAAGGAUCCUUUUGUGAAGGAUUCUAUUAUCGAUUCGCCGGCUAAGGAUAGCUUGAGAAAUGUGGACGGGUGUUACAGCAAGAACUUAUUUAAGAAUAAUUCGUUUGCCAACUCCCGACGUGCAUUGCAGUCGGGUGCAGACAAGAUAUCAAGAACUUUUCGGAGCGUAAGGAAUACUUUCGGAAAUCUGUCACAGCAUUUCAGACUGGGAGGCAGGCGUCGUCACCGGCUAGCUGAGGCUGGCUCUCCUUGUCGGGCACCUACCACACCAGUUAUGAAAAAGAAGCAGCUUUUGGGCAGGAGCCCAACAAAGCUGUAUAGUCCGUUUGGAAUAGAGACACCGCAUAGCAGAGACUUUAGAAUGUCACCAUACAUGCCCGACACACCAGAUCAUGGCCUGUCACCGAAGCGCCGCAAGGGCGUCACUCACUCGUGGCAUAUCCUCGCCAAGAAGAGACCGCGGGCGCUUUUCCAUUGAUGCUUUACAAUAUUAACUGUGCGCACAAAAAAUGUAUCCCACCGCUUACUAUAAGACUAGCUUUUAAAACACUUGAGACUGAUAACCGCAGAUUUCGAAGUAGGAAAUCCAUUUGACCUGUGUCAUGUUCGCUAAUUUGGAAAGCCACUUAUGCUCAGCCGUAAAAUGUUAACUAUACAGCAGACAUCGACACGGCGUCCAAAUGUUACUAACUUACGCUAUCAUCGGCCUCUUUCUAUUUUAAACAGCCUGAUAAAAAAAAUAGAAUGAAAUGGACAAAUCAGAUUUAACAUGUCCAAAUGGUUAAAAAAUAAAUUUACAAAGCUUAUAACUGUUGUUAUAUAUAACGUGUUGUUUAAAAGAGAUGCCAUAACAUAGGAAUUUUACAGCUUCCUACUGAAGGCUGAUUUCUUGUAAGGUUUUCCUAGGGAUAAAUGCAUACCAAAUUCUGUAGAUUGGCGGUUAACAGUCUCUCGUUGGCUAUAUCGUCGAUAUUUUGUAUGCAAUUGGUGCUAUUCUAUAGUAAUCUCUUAUUUUUGUAAUACAUCGCGAUUGGCUUGUUGUUUCCAUGUUUAAUUUUCAACAUUAGUACAUUAAAUAUUUACUUUGAGCUAACAAAACAUAGAGAGUAACCAAAGAACAAGAAUUUUACCUAUGAGUAUUUCAAUAUUAAUUGUACUGAUUUUGAAAACACUGCCUGUAUUGUUUACAACUUUUUAUUGGCUGGAAUAAGUCAUAUCCUGUUCAAUUUCUCUAAGGAGACCUAUUUAUUAUCAAUAUAUGGUAUACUUAUUUCCAAUUGUAUUAAGACAAGUAUUUAUAUCGUAUUCAGUAUUAUUAACGCCAAAAUAUAGCUUUGAGUACAAAUUGUAUAAGUAAUGUAUUCAGAUGUAUGGUGUAGCAAAAUAAUACGAUCCAAAGCCGAUAGUUGUAAAAAAGUUGGUAAAAAGUUUGAUACUAUCAAUGUUCUUUACAUUACUUUAAAGAUAUUAAAGAAAUAUUUUGAUAGUUGCCACAAUAUGUAACAUGGAUAGUAAUUUGAUGAACAAUCAGACUUACAAAAUCAAUGUGCAUUUAAAUGAAUAAAUGGUUAUCGCAAUUAGCGAACUACAUCACCUUAUUAAAGUAGAAAUGCUAUAAUAUGUUUAAAAGCCUACUUAUGAAAUGUUUGUGCCAGUUUUGUAAAUCUGAUUGUUUUCAUUAAUUUUCGUUGCUGAUGGUGUGUUUGUACUUCAGCAUCAAGGGGAAAAAUUGCAUUUUAUGAUCUGUCUUUACAAGGGCGGAUAGUAGUUAUAGAUUGUGAAAUGUUGAACAUUUAAAAUAAUUUAUAUCAUUGCAAUGAUUGAAAUGAAAAACUUUCAUAAUAGAUGAUGUAAUGCAAGUUUCUGUUGGUGACCAAUAAUUGCAGUAUUGUAAUGCCUUACGGCUUAUAAUAAAUAAGAAAAAUUCUGAUAAUACCCAAUCGAAUGUGAAGGAUGUUAGAAAACGGUGCGACAAAUACCUUUUAUCUCGCCUCUUAGGCAGGAUUAAGGGAAAUAAUAUUUGUUUUGCUACACCACUAUCGUUAAAAACGUAUCACGUACUUAAUAUAUAAUUUUUACACUAUACGCUUCGCUGUGACAAUAUUGUAGUCGGCUAAUUUACACGUAGGUUAAGAUUGUGUGACUUUUCAGGUUUUAUUUACCGGUUACAGUCCGCCUCAUAAGUAUGGCAUCUGAUUGUAGGAAAUUGGCAACUUUUUGUAAUGUAGGGUACGAAAUUUAAGGGAGGUGGCGUUGACUGUACUUUUGAAGACUGAUUGUCUUGUAGUUUGUAUUUUUACUUUUAUUUCUCUGUCCGAGGCUCAAAUGUAUCUAUUUUUAAUAAUAAUAGUACUUACGUAUUAUUUAGAUUGUAUUUUCAUGAUUUAUAUGUAAUGCAUUGGCUAUGUUCUACAGUAUCGUCCUAUUAUAUUUGGUUUUCUACGAA